AUGCCCCUGCAGUGCGGUCUUACGGACAUCCACCCCUCUCUCCUCGCCCGCUCUUUCCCUCGCCGCCAGAGCGUCCCCCCUUUAGACUUGCCUUCCUGCUCCCUCCUGCUUCCCACCAUCCCAGCAAAUUAUUGGGAAGGUGCUGAUGUAUUUUUGCCCUUGACCUCUUGCCUCUUCUGUGGACAUCGCUCUCCCUUCCAACCUACCUUUGUCGACAUCUCACGCCGUAUCGCCUUCUUUGUCCUGUCCCAACGCCGCCUUAACCUUGUUUGUGUACAGAAUCCGUUUCGAUCGCUUUUGGGUUCUUGUCUUUGCUUCCUUUUCCUCCUCCUCCCGUCCUUGUCACGUCGCAUCCUCGUCUUUUCCAGAAACCCCCUUGUCUUGUUUGGACUGGCAGCUCUCCUCGCGCAGCCGCUGCCAUCUCCACAUCGCCCAUCUCGACCGUUUCCUGUUAUCCUUGUCUCUUUUUUCUUGCUUCAGUUGGCCACCGUGCUCUGCACGCCAUCUCUCGCUCAUCGUCUCUGCCAUCGCAAUCUCGCCGCUGCUCACGCCGCCAUUCACGUCAUCCCGCCAUCCCGCCCUCGGACGUUGCAGCCUCGACGACCUCAUCCUUUCUACUUCCGCCAACCGCCCACUCCUUGGAACGCGCUCUCCCGACUCGCCGCGUUCGCCAACCCCCAUCGAUUUGCUCCGGCCGGCCGUCUUUGUCACGCUCCCCUCCUCGAUCGGACCCCGAACCGCGUUGACACAUCGUCCAGCUCGCGAAAGUCAGCGCUUGCCGCCACACCGCCCACGAGACGCAUCGUCGGUUCCGAAUUAGGAUCCAAGACAUCCACAUCGGCCAGACCGUGCCAAAGAUUAUCCUCUGCGUCGCCGUACUUGUCGACCGUAAUCGCCCUCUAUCCUGGCUCAACCUCGCCCUUGGCCGUCCCAAUAUCGAUUGCUCGUCAUACCACCUUUAUCAACUCGUUUCGUCAUCGACACAAGGGCUGCUCUUCCGGCACCCUUUGCGAACCAGGCUUGGAAUCAUGGUGGAAGCAGAGGCGAACUCCCCUACGUGGAAGUUCACACAGUAUGUGGCCCCUGGUCCCUCUGCUCUUUUUCUUUUAUCCCUCGAACACCGCCUGCGAGUCCUUUCAUACUCGUGUCAUUACUCGUGCCCCUCCAACCGCUACCAAGCGUCUCUUUGUUGUCGAGGCUCCCCCUUUAUUCUCAUAUUACCUCUCACCUUGGGCCCGCUUGAUAGUACUCUUGCGUUUGUGGCCUGGGAUGGUUCUCAGGAGCAAGCUCCUCCACGGACCCCGAUUCACAACUGAGCGAGAAACAACGCCUCUACCCAUAUGUUUCCUUUUCGAGACCCGUAUCAUUUGGACAUUGCCAGGUGCUCUCGUCGUGUCCAAGCGACCGCUAACGCAUUGUCUCCUCGCAGCCGAUAUCAUCUCGACCGUCGAGUUUGACCACACAGGCAAUUACCUAGCAACAGGAGACAAGGGAGGAAGAGUUGUCCUCUUUGAGCGCAACGAAACUAAGAAAACAUGCGAGUACAAGUUCCACACCGAAUUCCAAUCGCACGAGCCAGAGUUUGACUACCUGAAGUCGCUCGAAAUUGAAGAAAAGAUCAACAAAAUCAAGUGGUGCCGGCGGCAGAAUGCCUCACAUUACCUUUUGUCGACAAACGACAAGACCAUCAAGCUGUGGAAGGUGUUUGAGAAGUCGCUGAAAGUUGUCGCCGAGAACAAUCUCACUCAAGACUUGACGCCCGGUGGUCUCGUGGCCGGUGGCGGCGCCCCACGGCCCUUACCAUCUGUGCACUUCCGCAACGCGAGCGACCUGAAGCUCCCCCGCCUCACGCACCACGACACCGUUGUCGCCGCCGUUCCGCGCCGGACCUACGCCAAUGCCCAUGCGUACCACAUCAACAGCAUCUCGGUCAACAGUGACGGGGAAACAUUCAUUAGUAGCGACGACCUACGCAUUAACCUCUGGAACCUCAACAUUCAAGACCAGAGCUUCAACAUUGUCGACAUCAAGCCGGCCAACAUGGAGGAGCUGACCGAGGUGAUCACCGCUGCCGAGUUUCACCCACAAAGCUGCAACUGGUUCAUGUAUGCCAGCUCCAAGGGCACCAUCAAAUUGGCGGACAUGCGGGAGAGCGCGCUGUGCGACCAGCACGCCAAGCUGUUCGAACAAGAGGAGGACCCCCAAUCGCGGUCCUUCUUUUCCGAAAUUAUCUCAUCCAUCUCAGAUGUUCGGUUCUCACACGACGGCCGUUACAUUCUGUCCCGCGACUACCUCACCGUCAAGAUCUGGGAUGUGAACAUGGAGCGACAGCCUGUCAAGACGAUCCCUAUCCACGAGCAUCUGCGGCCGAGGCUCUGUGACACUUACGAGAACGAUAGCAUCUUUGACAAGUUUGAGGUGGUCUUUUCGGGCGAUGCCAAGAAUGUCAUGACGGGCAGCUACAACAACAACUUUAUGAUCUACCCAACCGACCCUGAGAAGGAGACCGAGGUUGUCCUGCAGGCCGACAAGUCGGCCUUCAAGGCCAAGAAGGUGGGCGUGCCGACGCCGAUCAACACGUCGACCAGCCCGACGGCCAACGGCAAGAAGAACGGCUCGCGGUCGGGCAGCCCUACGCCCGGCCAGGGCCAGCGGAUGCGCAAGGAGACCGACGCGGACCAGAUCGAUUUUAACAAGAAGAUCCUACACAUGAGUUGGCAUCCGUUUGAGGACAGUAUCGCUAUCGCCGCCACUAACAACUUAUUUGUCUUCUCCGCAUUGUAG